AUGAGCAUCUCUUGGUUUAUAACUACACUGCUACUGCUGCACUCCUGCACCCCAGGUGUUGGGAUGGAUCAUGGUAUUGUUGGCGGUAAGGAGUACAUUCCACACAGCCGCCCAUACAUGGUCUACAUUCGUGACAAACAAACACAUAAAGCAUGUGGUGGAUUUUUGAUAAGAGAAGAUUUUGUGUUGACAGCUGCCCACUGCAAAAGAGAUCAUCUGAUGGUGUAUUUGGGUGUCAAUGACACGAAUCAUUUACCUGAGGGUAUAAAGGUCGAUGCCAUUCCACAUCCAAAAUUUGAUUCCAAGAAAAUGAAUGAUGACAUCAUGCUACUAAAGCUUAAAAAACCAGGAACUCUGAACAAGACUGUGAAUAUCAUUGCCCUGCCAAAAAAUAAAAUCUCAAGUAACUGCAUGGUCAUGGGUUGGGGCUUACAAGAAUACAAUGGGAAGUUUCCAUCAAGAGUCCUGAAAGAAGUGAACUUGACUCUUUUACGCUCUAAAUAUUGUGCCAUACGUCACAAUUUAUGCACUCAGGAUGAAGUCGGGCCAGCACUGGGAGACUCUGGCGGUCCACUUAUUUGUGGAAAUGUCCCACAGGGCAUUGUGUCUUACUACAUAAUGAAUGAGUUUACAAACUACCUUACAAUGUAUGCUAACAUUUCUUACUACCUUCCAUGGAUUCAUAAAAUUAUGAAUCCAACUCUUUAAUGCAUCACAAACCAUUGAAGGCAAAGCUGGACAAAUUCAACAUGUUUGAUUUAUGAAAGCUCUUCGUCUGCAAUUUAAUGUACCAGAUCAAAAU